AUGCGUGUUCAUCUUCAGCCAAAUUCGAUAGCAGAAGAGUUUUCAAAAAUACUGAUUGAUAUAGGUGAUGGCCAAAUUCCGGAAGAAGACGAAAGAAUAAACGUGUCCUAUAUUAAUUGUGAAACUGUCCCAGAUUUAAUCACCUUGACUGACAAAAUAUACCCGAAUAUUGACAAAGCUGGCGAUAAUUGUAGUUCAUGGUUAAAGGAGAGAGCCAUCCUCACACCAACCAAUGAACAAGUCAAUUGUAUUAACAACUUUUUGCUGGAGAAACUGCCAACUGAGCAAGUAAGAUAUGAAUCGGUGGACAAAGUACUGGAGGAUGAAGAAGCUGUCCACUAUCCUGUUGAAUUCUUACACACACUCAAUCCACCAGGGAUACCACCUCAUGUUCUACAACUCAAGAUUGGCACUCCAAUAAUGUUGCUCCGCAAUUUAAAUCCGCCAAAAUUAUGUAAUGGUACCAGGAUUCAAGUCAAGGUCUUACACAAAAAUAUCACUGAAGCCAUGAUUUUCACCGGAAAAUAUGAAGGCGAAACUGUAUUCAUUCCAAGGAACCCUCUGAUUCCAUCAGAUUACCACUUCGAAUUUAAACGUCUGCAAUUUCCUGUCAAAGUUUGUUAUGCCAUGACGAUUAACAAGGCACAAGGGCAGAGUUCAAAGAUGACUGAUUUUGAUCUUGUUGAUCUUAAUCUAGAUAUUGAUCUGAAUCUAGCUAUUGAUAGUAUUGAUCUUAAUCUAGAUAUUGAUAGUAUUGAUCUUGCUUGA